AUGAAGUCGUACCUGCACUUUACCAUGGGCGACGUCGUCCUCUUCGACAACGUCACUCCCUCCUCCGCGGGUGCCGUAUUGGGCGCCUGUCUCAUCUUCUUCCUCAUUGCCAUCGGCGAGUGCUACCUUCGCGCGCUGCGCAGGAGGAUGGAUCGCACGUUCUCGGCCAGGUCAGCUAUGCUUUCAUCUUGCCGACUGCAAACACUAUACGCCGUGUCUGGCGACGAUAGCAAGUUGCCGGUCGAGUCCGAGGUUGCCGAGACGCCGUCGACACCGGAAAACAAGCAUCGCUUCGUCGUCUCUCAGGACCUCAGCCGUGGCGUAAUUGCAGGAGCUCAAACGACGAUUCACUACCUUCUCAUGCUGGUCGCGAUGUCCUUCAACGCCUCCUAUAUCGUCAGCAUCAUUCUGGGCGUCGUCGUGGGGGAGACAGCGUUUGGAAGGCUGUAUAUCUCAUGA